AGGCGCAUGCGCGUGCGGACACCACCGCAGCCACCACGAGUCGGAACCCACAGCACACGGCGUGGAAACCGCACGGACCUCACUCCUCCUCCUCCCUCCGUCCUCCUCGGAGGAGGAAGAGGAAACACUCCUCCGCCAUGCAGGCAGCGGCGAGCGAACCGAGAGGAAGAAUCGCGCGUGUGACCAGGAUAGAGAGCUUUAGCGCCUCGCACAGGCUGCACAGCCCACUGCUCUCGGAUGAGGAAAACCUCAAAAUAUUCGGAAAGUGCAACAACCAAAACGGCCAUGGCCACAACUAUAAAGUUGAAGUCACUGUGCGUGGAAAGAUUGACCAUGCCACCGGAAUGGUCAUGAACAUUGUUGACUUAAAAGAGGCUAUGCAAGAAGCUAUAAUGAACCCAAUGGACCACAAAAAUCUGGACAAGGAUGUGCCUUAUUUUAAAGAUGUUCCAAGCACGACUGAAAACGUGGCGGUGUUUGUCUGGGAGAACCUGCGGAAGCUUCUGCCGGAGGGCUCCCUCUUUGAGGUGAAAAUCCACGAGACCGACAAGAAUGUGGUGGUCUAUCGCGGCGAAUGAGCCGUGUCGUGCCGCAGCCUCGAAGCAACUCUGCAGACGCCGUGACUCCCCCCUGGCCCCCACACUGAGCACACGCACACACACACGCAGCGCACACACGGAGUGUCCUGGCGGGGGAUUGCCUGACACGACGGGUUUUCAUCCGAGGUUUCCUGGUGCCAGGAGAUUGGCCAACCCUCACAGGACAGGUCACAUUGCUGUUCACAAGGCCAGCCACAAUGAGUCAUUCACGACAUCAGGAGGGGCUGGAGUGGAAUAUUAAGUGAGAAGAGCAGACCAUGAGGUCAGGGGAUCACGGCGCCAUGACCCCCCUGACCCCCAUACCGAAUAAACGCUCGCAGGGUGUAUAUUCGCCAGCCGGGCGUAAUUCCGUAUUAACAAGGGUAAUAAAUAAAUGGGCUGUAAUCACAGGUAGGCGCACAAUUGGCCACGCGGUACAACGAGACCCCGGGUUUUGUAAGUGAGGGUGAAGAUUAAAUAAAAGCGUGUAAAAAGGGAGCCCGAGGCGAUUCCUGAGGCACGGGCGCACGUUAAGAGAUAAUCGUCCGCAGGUGCGAGCGCGUCCGUGUACCCCGCCUGCGUUAGCGGUAGCUGUGGUGUGCACGGGUGUGUGGUUCAACUCCGUGUGGCUACGAGCCAGCCGCACGAGUAUGUCCCGCAGGGCGCCAGCGCGGGGGGCCCGAUCACUCGGUCGGCGGGGGCCCGGCUGGAGGGAGCAGAACGGGCGGAAGUCGCGCCCCACCUGCCUAGCGAGGGCGGUGGGGUGGACCUCAGGCCCCACAGCUGCAGCCUGCAAUGUCCGAAGCAAAAAAAAUGCGCGUGAGCCUCGUUCUUCGCACGAUUGUCAUUCGCCGAAUGAUUUUAUCGCAUGACUUUUAGACGGAGCACUAGGUACGUACAGUCCUGUGAUAUAUUGAAAAUGUUGUAAUGUGUUUAAUUAUUUUUUUACACACUUUUAUUUAACUAGCUCUGUUUAUAUUUUUUCAAAUCUUUGACGCUUAAUGUCUUCGGGUCUACGAAGUCUAAGCGAGCUGACAUU